GCAGUCUGACGUCGAGAUCCGUCGACGCAUCGUUUCGGGGGUUCGUCUUUGGUCACGCGACUCUUUCCGCCGAGUAUAUUUUCGACACUAUUUUUCUGAGUUAACUUUGCGUAAAAAUUGAUCGAUCGAACGAUGCGACGAAUAUUGUGACAAGUGUGUGCGCGUGUGUGGUUUUUGCGUUCACGGUCCUUAGAAGCAAUCGCGUCGAUUGAAUUGUAUUUUCAAAAAUCUUAGCAGUUUUGAUGCACGAUCGGAUUCAUUGAAAAGCCUCGAUAUCCGGACCUAACUCACUUAAUUUAGUGAACGCGCGAGUGAUCCGCGGAGACUCGAUGAAAUGGCUGGUGAUCGUUCGACUUAACGAAUGCCGGCAAACGCCACCACUCGGACUUUACAUUCGUUAAUGUCCAGCAUCCUUUGUUUUCGUUGUAAAACAAAUAAGUGAUUAACAAUGUUGUCGAACCGAGCUCAAUUCCUUUCCGCGAUCGCUCUCAUCCUUCUGGCUGAUCGGACGCUCCAGGAAAAUCCUCCUGGACCACGUUUCACACCCGGAACUACUCAGGAUCUUGAUAACAACUUGCAAACGAAUCCACCUACCGGACCGAAUAUUUGUCGAACGAGGUACAAAAGCUACUGCUGUCCCGGCUGGACUAGAAAACCCGAAACAGGACUUUGCGUUAUUCCUAUUUGUUCAAGGCGAUGUGGCAAUCAAGGCAGAUGUAUAAGGCCAAAUAUUUGUCUGUGUGACAGUGGUACCGUUGCAUCAGUGUGUGGCGCGGCUCAAUCUAGAGCGCUGACUCACGAGAACCACACCAAUGCUGAAGCACCGAAAGGAUCAACCGGAAGUAAGGCGGCUGCUCGAAACAGUGGAACCUGCAGAGUUCAUUGUAUCAAUGGCAACUGCGUCGAUGGACGAUGUCAAUGCAGACCGGGAUACCAAGGCGAAUUUUGCAACGAACCAAUUUGUCGGGAAGCUUGUCUGAAUCAGGGAAGAUGCAUCGGCCCGGAUCGUUGCGCCUGCAUUUACGGUUACACCGGAAGACGGUGCGACACCGAUUACAGGGUUGGUCCCUGUUACACGAAAGUACGAAACGGCCAGUGUCUCGUGAACCUGCAGGGGGUCGUUUGUACCCGUCAAAUGUGUUGCGCCACAGUUGGAAAAGGUUGGGGUCAUCCUUGCGAGCGAUGUCCAGCGAGGUUGGACUGCGAAAUUGGCCAUUUGAAAACGAACCAAGGCAAUUGCGUGGAUAUAAACGAGUGCGAGGCGAUUCCUGGCCUGUGCGAGGGUGGAAAAUGUGUCAACACGCCGGGAUCUUUCACUUGUGAAUGCCCGGAAGGCCAAACUCGAGAUCUCGAGACGAACGAGUGCACGGACAGGGACGAGUGUGAGGAUGAGGGCAUUUGCACUGACGGCCGAUGCAUCAAUACCGUUGGUGGAUAUUACUGCGUCUGUAAUCCUGGAUUCAUACAGAGCCAAGACCGAAAACUUUGCAUCGACGGAAGACAAGGACUCUGUUACACCGCGGUGAAUCGGAGCGGCCAGUGUAAAAAUCGUCUGGCUGUUAGAUUGAGCAAAAAAGAUUGUUGUUGCGGCAAAAACAUGGGCCGAGGUUGGGGAGACGAAUGUUUCAUUUGUCCCCACAGUGGGAGCGUCGACUAUAGAAAAUUGUGCUCGGAGUCCCAACAAUUCACCGUCAACGAGUGCGCCCUCAGACCCGACAUUUGCGGCGACGGGAAAUGCAUCGAUACGCCGGAAGGCUACGAGUGCGAAUGUUAUCCGGGCUUCGUUAAGAAGGCCGGAAGAUGCGAGGACGUCGACGAGUGCCAAGAGGAUUACUGCCAGGGCGGUACCUGCCGAAAUUUCCCUGGAAGCUUCACCUGCGAGUGUCCACCGGGUUUCGUCGUUUCUGGCGAAGGCCGUUAUUGCACCGAUCACGACGAGUGCCAGGACACAGGAAUGUGCACAAAUGGGCACUGCACCAACAUGAACGGCUCGUUCCAGUGCAAAUGUAACGACGGAUACGUCCUCUCGCCCUCGAAAAACACUUGUAUAGAUAUCAACGAGUGCUCGGAGAAUCCUCGGAUAUGCCUUAACGGAAGAUGCGAAAACAUACCUGGCUCCUAUCACUGCGCUUGUCAGUCCGGAUUCACGCCCUCGAGAGACAACACUUUUUGCGUCGACAUGGACGAGUGCUCCAACACUGGUAUGUGUGCCAAUGGAAAAUGCGUCAACAUGGAAGGCUCUUUCAAGUGUGUUUGCGAUUCUGGAUUCAGACUUGGACCGGAUCAGAGUCAUUGCAUCGACAUCGACGAAUGCCAGAGCGCACCCUGCCAGAAUGGCCGAUGCAAGAACACUCCAGGAAGCUUUCGGUGCGAGUGCAAUCUGGGUUUCAACCUCGGUCCCGACGGCAGAUCCUGUUUGGACACGAGAAGAGACCUCUGUUACUCUCAGUACAGAGACGGUCAAUGCUCCAAUCCAACUUCUGUGGCUGUCACGAAAUCGAGUUGUUGCUGUUGUACCGUCAUCAUUGGCCAGCCCCUUGGUUGGGGGACCAAUUGCGAGGCGUGUCCGAUGCCUGACACGACAGAAUUCGAGGGACUUUGUCCACACGGAGCAGGAAUGACUUAUAACGGGGAUGAUAUCAACGAGUGCGCCCAGAAUCCUAACAUUUGUGUGAACGGAGGCUGCGAGAAUCUCAUGGGCACUUAUCGAUGCAUCUGUGACAAUGGUUACGAGCUCGAUCCUUCUGGCAAGAUCUGCAGUGACAUAAACGAGUGCGAGCUCGAGGAUUCUCUGUGCAGUGGUGGUCAGUGUAGAAACACACCUGGCAGUUUUCAGUGUGUUUGUCCAACUGGCACAAGACUGAACAGCGAUAAUCAAAUGUGCGAAGACGUUGACGAGUGCUACGAGCUCGGUCCGGACGUUUGUGUCAAUGGAGUUUGCAUCAACACGCGUGGAUCGUACGAGUGCGAAUGCUCUUCCGGUUAUAUUUUGGACAACACUGGACACAUCUGCAUGGACAAUCGCCGAGGCUCGUGUUGGACGAAAAUGAUAGAAGGCCGCUGCGAAAACAAUUUUCCUCGGCUGGCAUUGAAGUCGGAAUGUUGCUGCUCGGUCGGACUCGCCUGGGGUAGUCCCUGCGAAACUUGCGACCAAUCCUUGUGCGAAUGCUCCAAAGGGUAUGCCAAAGUCGACGGAAAGGGAUGCGCUGAUAUAAACGAAUGCGAACUCAACACUGGGAUUUGCAAAGGGGGUGGAACCUGCGUCAAUACCGACGGUUCUUAUCGAUGCGAAUGCCCGCCCGGACUGAUUCUUGAUUCAACGCAUACCACGUGCAUCGACACGCGACAAGAAACUUGCUACAUGGACUACCGCCACGGACAUUGCACCAGUGCAAUCGAGGGAAGAUUCUCGAAGAACAUUUGCUGCUGCUCCGUCGGACGCGCAUGGGGCAGUGACAAGUGCGAAGCUUGUCCCAAACCUGGAACCCAAAUAUUUGCAGAGUUGUGUCCCAAAGGCGACGGCUUCAACGAGAGACAAGACAUCAACGAGUGCGUCGAGUUUCCUGGAAUGUGUCAAAACGGACGGUGCAAAAAUACGGUCGGCAGUUACAGUUGUCGAUGCAACCAGGGCUAUGCCCUCGAGGAAAAUGGACUCAAGUGCAUCGAUAUCGACGAGUGUGAAAUAAUGCACGGCGUUUGCGGCAAUGGAACGUGCCGCAACACUCCGGGGACCUUUCAAUGUGACUGCAAUUCUGGAUAUCGGAGCAGUGACAUUAUGAAGAUUUGCAUGGACAUAAACGAAUGUGACGAAACACCGGGCUUGUGCAGAGGCGGAACUUGCCGAAAUACCGAAGGUGGCUUCAAGUGCGUUUGCCCUCCGGGCCACGAAUUGAGUCCUGACAAACAAUCCUGCAAAGAUAUUGACGAGUGCUCGAGGACGAGUGGCAUUUGCUCGAACGGAGUUUGCGAAAACAUGAUGGGAACUUACCAAUGCAUUUGCGACGAUGGUUACCGACAAACUGGCCUAAAAUCCCACUGCGAAGAUAUCAAUGAGUGUGCCACUAACAACGGGGGAUGUGAAAAUAUUUGUAUCAAUACGCCUGGAAGUUUCUCGUGCUCCUGCAGCACGGGGUUUGCUCUCAAUCUUGAUGGACGCUCGUGCGUCGACGUGGACGAGUGUAAAGAAAAUCCCAGGAUUUGCAACGGUGGCAAAUGCACAAACACACCCGGAAGUUACUCCUGCAGCUGCACCGGAGGACUGCUCCCGUCGAACUUUGGCACGUCGUGCAUAGACGUUGACGAGUGCGUGAGCCAACCGCGCAUUUGCGGAUACGGAGAAUGUCACAAUACAAUCGGCUCGUUCGAUUGCCGCUGCGACGAAGGAUAUUCGGUGAAACCGGAGGGCGGACCUGAAUGCACGGACGAUGACGAGUGUUUAUUGAACGCUUAUUCCUGCAGCGAAUUCGCCGAGUGUCAAAACACUCCUGGCUCCUACGAGUGCACCUGUCACGAAGGCUUCACCGGCAACGGAAUUGAUUGCCGGGACAUCAACGAAUGCCUGAUAAACAAUGGAGGCUGCGACGCUAACGCCCAAUGUAUAAACACCGAGGGAUCUUUCAAGUGUGUCUGCGACGCUGGUUUUCGCGGGGACGGUUACAGUUGUCGGGACAUCGACGAAUGUUCGAACGAUCCUAGUCUCUGCGAGAAUGGGCAUUGCCUCAAUUAUCCAGGCUCGUUUCGUUGCGAGUGCGAAAUGGGAUUCAUGCAUCCGGAGGAGAACAACCAACAGGCUUGUAUCGACAUAAACGAAUGCGAGAUGUUCAGCAACCUGUGCGUUUAUGGUAAAUGCGAAAAUAUUUUCGGCAUGUUCCGUUGCGAGUGUGACGAGGGCUACAAACUCGACGGCUCCGGUGGCAAUUGCACGGACAUCGACGAAUGCGAGAGCCCACAAUCUUGUCAGUACGGAAGCUGCGUCAAUACACAGGGAAAAUAUCACUGCGAGUGUCCCAUCAAUCACGAACUCGUUGAAGCUGGAAACGCUUGUGUCGACAGACGAGAAUCGUUGUGUUUCACGGGGUACGAGCCACGAGGGAAUCGUCCCCAGUGCAUAUUCGACAUGUCAUCGUCAGUGACGAAAGCAACGUGCUGUUGUAGCAUAGGAAACGCCUGGGGCAAUCGUUGCGAGGAGUGUCCGGAGGUUGGGACCAAAGAAUUCGAAGACUUGUGUCCGGGUGGUCCCGGGUACCGGCCGAACCGAGUGACGGUCAUUUUGGAAGACAUAAACGAGUGCGAGGAGCACGAGAACAUUUGUCAAAAUGGUCAUUGCACUAACACUUUUGGCAGUUUCAUGUGCUCCUGUAACGAGGGAUUUAUUUUGGACGAAACGAAGACGAGUUGCGUUGACAUUGACGAGUGUGCUCUUCACCCUUCGAUUUGUGGGGUCGGUCGCUGCAUCAAUGAUCAGGGCAAAUACCACUGCGAGUGUCCAGAAGGCUACAUGUCAAUGCCAGGAGGCAAAGAGUGCGUCGACAUGAGGAAAGAGCUGUGUUACGUGAAUUACGAAUCCGGGCAGUGCUUCAACCCGAUGAUCCAUCCCCAAACGAAAAUGUUGUGCUGCUGUUCAAUGGGCGCAGCCUGGGGAACACCCUGCGAAAAAUGUCCGGGCGAAAGGACCCGAGAACACGAGAUUUUGUGCGGCAUGGUGCCCGGACAAAUAAUGAAUCCGAUCACGAAUCACACGGAGGAAAUUGACGAAUGUGCGCUCAUGCCGACCAUGUGUACACACGGACGUUGCCUCAACACUCCAGGAAGUUUCGAGUGCCAAUGCGACCGUGGCUACAUUUACGACGAGGAUUCUCAUCAGUGCAUCGACGAAAACGAAUGCCUCCAAUCGCCCAACCCUUGCGCCGGUAAUGCCCAGUGCAUCAACCUCCAAGGAAGCUUCGAAUGCCGAUGCCCAGCUGGCUACAAACUCGGCAUAAGUCAACGCAGCUGCAUCGACAUCGACGAGUGCUACGAGAGACCUGGCAUCUGCAGCAAUGGCGCAUGCAACAACCUCCAAGGAAGCUUCCAGUGCGUUUGUCAUUUAGGAUUUGCGCUCACGCGCGAUCGUGACAGCUGCGUUGACAUCGACGAGUGCCAGAGGAAUCCUAAUAUUUGCAACAAUGGCACCUGCGUCAAUACCCUCGGAUCUUACAAGUGUCAGUGUUACCAUGGAUUCAAACUGAGCCCCAACAACGAUUGCGCAGACAUUGACGAGUGCAGAGUGAUGCCUUUCCUGUGCAGAAACGGCAGAUGUAGAAACACCAUCGGAGCCUUCAACUGCGAGUGUGCCGAUGGUUACGUUUUGGCUCAGGAUGGACAACACUGUCGUGACAUUGACGAGUGUAAAGAAAUUCCUGGGCUGUGUCCGACGCCAGGAAGAUGCCAGAAUCUCAUGGGAUCGUACAUUUGCAGUUGUCCGCCUGGAUUCGAGUUGGAUAAUUCCAAAAGAAGAUGCGUUGACGUCGACGAGUGUGUCGAGACGAAAAACAUUUGCGAGAAUGGUCGUUGCAUUAACACCGAAGGUGGUGUCAUUUGCGAGUGUCCUGAGGGAUUCAGGCUCAGUGAGAAGGUCAAUUCGAUGACGUGCAUCGACUUCCGCGAGGAACAGUGCUACGAUCAUUUCCGACGGGGUCAAUGUUCAACGCCACGAGAAGGUGGCAUGACGAAAAAGCACUGUUGUUGUACGAUGGGCAAAGCUUGGGGCAGGAAUUGCGAUCAGUGCCCCAGAGAGCACAGCGAGGAAUUCAAAAGACUGUGUCCCGAGGGACCAGGCCGAGACGACACCGGUGUCGACCUCAACGAGUGUCUUUUCAUGCCUGACGUCUGCUCCGGUGGCGACUGCAUCAACACUGACGGUUCCUUCAGAUGCGAAUGCCCCCCAGGCUACGUUCUCGACGACACUGGACGCCGCUGCAUCGACCACGACGAGUGCCUCAGCUCACAAAACAUCUGCGGCAAUGGCACUUGCAGCAAUGUCGAGGGCGGCUUCGAAUGCUUUUGCAACAACGGUUUUGCUCCUGGUGCCAAUCAAGUCUGCGAGGACGUCAACGAGUGCCUUGAACUUGGCAAUCAAUGUGCGUUCCGAUGUCACAACGCUCCUGGAUCGUUCAGGUGCAUCUGUCCUUACGGAUACGUUUUGGCUGCGGAUGGAAGACACUGCAUAGACGUUGACGAAUGUUCCACUCCAGCGAACAACUGCAAGUUCCAGUGCAAGAAUUUGAUCGGCAGUUUCAUGUGCAUUUGCCCACCUGGAUACCAGCAAAUCGGUAUGACGGACGAGUGCAAAGACGUCAACGAGUGUUCCGUCAAUUCCGGCUUGUGUAGGAACGGGCGAUGUUUGAAUUUGGAGGGAAGCUAUCAGUGUCUUUGCCAGGAAGGUUUCGUGCAGAGCCCCGAUGGGAAAUCUUGCAUCGAUCGUCGAGUCGGUUACUGCUUCCUGAGAACAAUCAGCGGACGCUGCUCAGCGAGAACUUCCGACGUGCGAACAGUUACCAAAGCUGAUUGCUGCUGCACGAUGGGCGCAGCUUGGGGUCCCCACUGCGAAAUUUGCCCAUCGAAAGAUUCCGAAAACUACAACGAACUUUGUCUGGACAAAGGAUUUUCCGUCGACGGUCAAGAUAUUGACGAGUGCAAAGCGAUCCCUGAUCUUUGUAGAAAUGGCAUUUGCGUAAACACCCUUGGCUCUUACCGAUGCAUCUGCAACAAGGGCUACAAAACUGAUCACGCUGGCACUAUAUGUUUAGACAUCAACGAGUGUGAGCUCACACCGAAGCCCUGCAAGUUUAACUGCCAAAACACCGAGGGCAGUUUCACGUGCUCUUGUCCAUCUGGAUUCAUACUAAAUCCGGACGGCGUUAAUUGUCGGGAUCUCGACGAAUGUGCAACUGGCAAUCAUUUGUGUCAACAGCAGUGCAUCAACACCGAGGGCAGCUACACCUGCAGCUGUCGAGACGGCUAUACUCAACACGGAGAUUCCUGUCACGACAUCAACGAAUGCGAGCAGCACGGAACUUGCCCGAAACCAGGAACUUGCAUAAACACUCUCGGAAGUUUCCGGUGUAUUUGCCCGAGAGGAUUCAAGCUCGAUCACACUGGAACUUUCUGCACCGAUAACAACGAGUGUGCGGACGAUGGAAAUUGCGAACAUGGAUGUCAGAAUUUAAUGGGAAGUUAUCGAUGCGGAUGUCCCGAAGGAUUCGUUCAGCAUCUAUAUUACAAUCAAUGUAUAGACGAGAACGAGUGUUCGAAUUCGCCGUGCGGUGAAAACGCUUGUAUCAAUACAAUCGGUAGUUACAAAUGUGGCUGUCCGGAUGGUUAUCAAUUUGACAAUAAUUUGCAAAUUUGUGUUCAGGUGAGCGCUGGCUGCAUGGGAAGUCCUUGCGCUUUUGGCUGCACCCCGAACGGGCCAAAUGGCUUUUUGUGCGGUUGUCCAACGGGUUACCAAAGAAUAGGUCAAGGUCAUUGUCUCUCAACGAUAAAUCCCAUAGCACAGGGAAACUAUGGCGAAGAGAUUGGAAAUGUACCAACCUUUUCGAUAAACUCGGACUCGUAUCACGUGCCGCCGAGUGACGACAAGAUUAUUUCCACCGAGGGAUGUUUCUCUUGCAAAAUCAACAAUAACAAAGAACGUCACAGAAGAGGAACGAAAGUGCACUCGUUAUCGAGCAACAAAACCAUCGGUGCGAAAGCGUCGGGGAAAAAACGUGUGUCACGAAAAGCCAAGCGACAUCAUCACGGUGAAGAGAAAAUCCUCAAAUUGAAUCUUCACCAAACGAAACACAAAAUGCGAGUAAUCAAACUGCAGCCUGCGAUCAAGGACGAAAAAGUGGAGUAUUCUAUAGUACGUGGUAACAAGAACAACCAUUUCGAGAUCGUGACCGAGCAAGGAAUAUCGGCCCUGCAUUUCCGCAACCGUCUCAAGCGAGCUGGAGAAUUCAAUAUCGUGAUACACGGCAAGCCUAAAAACGGAAUAACGGCGGAGAAUGAAAUUUGGGAAAAGCCACUAACGUUCAGGGUGCACCUAGUAGUGUCCGAAUAAUAAUAGUAAUAAUAAUAAUUAUUAUUAUUAUUAUAAGAGUAACCAUUUCGUCUUCUGAUUAAGAAAUACUUUUCUGUCGUCUUUUGUUAUAAUCGUUAGUCUUCUAGCAGACGAAGGUGGAUACGUAACGACGAAAAGAAAAGUGAGGAAACAAAAAAAGGAGAAAAUAUGCAAACAGCAAGACCGUGACGUGCUCGCUAUUUACGCCGCUUAGAUAAAUAAGUAAUACAAUGUUUCUCGAAACGAGAUAUCGAAGCAAAGAUAACGAUUCGAAAAACGAAAUAUUAACAUUAUGAUUAAAUUAUAAAAUGAAAUUGACUUGCCCGUUAAACUAGGAAGAGAAAAGCUAACGGAAACGUAAUUCGUCACUGCCGAGGUGCCUUUCUUCGGAGCAAGCAUUUUCAUCGCGAUUUUCAACUUUUCCGGAUAACACGUGUAUCAUAUUUAUCCCGUUUUAUUAUUAUUAUUGUUAUUAUUAUUAUUAAUAAUUAUUGAUUAUUAAUUAUUAUUCAACAACGUAAAGUUGAAAAGUAAAAAAAAACGUCUAAAAUGGGAGGAGAAAAGAGAAGAAAACGAAGAAACUGCCAAAUCGUGUUCAAAUCUUCCGAGCACAUUUUAUCGUAGCUAAUCUAACGUCUAACUUUUAGGAUGUAACAAAUGUAUCUUGACAUCAAAGAGUCGUAGUAAAGUUCAUAGAAUAUUUCAUUUUCAUUCGAGUUCUUCCUUGGACCAAUUUAUCAAAGGUUUAUUUAUAUCGGAAAUUUUCACUUCGGAUUACCAAACGAUAAAAUGUACGUAUUUUUAUGUUUUUUUGUGUCAAGUACUUUUUGUUUGAACAAUAAAUCGUGUGUCUAAAGUU